UGUUCGGGAAUGUUUACUAUCCACAAAAAAGACUGAGAAACGACACCAGUGGCAGCACUAGACCUAAGUCUAUUUCCACCGUUGUUUUGAAAGCUUUACCUUUACAUCUUUAUUCUGAUUACUUUGUGAAUAUUAACAAAGUAGUUACAAUAAGUCAACUCGUAUAACCGUAUUGGAAAAGCUGGUGAGAAAGCAGACGUGACAGAAUGAAAACUGAGGUAUCCACAGCUGCCUGCUUCGUCGCAAGAUUGCUAAGAACAACUGGACUGCUCUCGGAGGAGCAACUACAAAAUUUCAGUCAUUCGUUGGAGGAGGCUUUGGGAGAGCACUAUGAACACCAUUGGUUUCCUCAUUCCCCUUGCAAAGGCUCGGGGUAUCGCUGCAUUCGGAUCAAUCAUAAAAUGGACCCUUUGAUAGGCAAAGCUGCUAGUACCACAGGACUGACCCGUGAGCAACUUUUCUCAUUACUGCCAAGUGAGCUCACCAUGUGGGUCGACCCAUACGAAGUGUCCUAUCGGAUAGGAGAGGAUGGCUCCAUCUGUGUGCUCUACGAAUCUACACCACCUACAGCAGCCACAAGUGCAAACCUAGUUGACAACAGAAACAGCUGUAAAGAUGAACUUAGAAUUGGAAGGUCAAGCCAUUCCAAAUCUUUCAAUGUGAUGACUGUCAUCAGUUAAUGGCUCAGUCAUUGCCAUUGCUGAAAGUGGGGAUGUUCAUGUGAUAGGUCUGUUUCUUAAUAUUUUCUCCCGCUUUUUUCAAACAAUAAAGAUUUUAGUAUUUCUGA